AUAAACAAACGCGGCUCGGCCGCACGUGGACGGCGAAGCUGCUGCGCCUCGCCACAGAUCGCGGGCUCCGGCGCUGCGUCUCCAGGUACAGGGAGCCGCCAGGAAGUGCGGGAGAGAGCGCCCGGGCCAGGGCCCGGCCCCAGCCGCCUCCAGCCCGCUCCCCUCCGCUGGGCUCCCGCUCCAUGGCUCCGCGGCCGCCGCCGCCCAUGCCGCCCUCCAGUCCGGAGGGGCCUCGCCGCAGCCGGUGUGAACACUGGGCGAAGGAGUAAGCAUCGCCUCCGGCUCCGCGCCGGCCGCCCCUACGCCCCCAGGAAGGCCGAGGCAGGAGAGGCAGGAGGGAGGAAGCAAGAGCGAGCAGGAACCGGGCUCCGGUUGCCGCGGGACGGUCCAGCCCGGAGGAGGCUGCGCCCCGGGCAGCAGCGGGCGGCGCCGCCGGGUUGCUUGGAGCUCAGGCCCGGGGGCUGCGGGGAGGCGUCUCGGAAACCCGGGAGGCCCUGCGCACCUGCCCGCAGCCCACGCCGCGGACUCACCCGGCUCUGAGCGUCCCCUUCCCCAUCCCCGCCGCCGCAGCAAGAGCGGGGCUCCGCGGGCCUGGAGCACGGCCGGGUCUAAUAUGCCCGGAGCCAAGGCGCGAUGAAGGAGAAGUCCAAGAAUGCGGCCAAGACCAGGAGGGAGAAGGAAAAUGGCGAGUUUUACGAGCUGGCCAAGCUGCUCCCGCUGCCGUCGGCCAUCACCUCGCAGCUGGACAAAGCGUCCAUCAUCCGCCUCACCACGAGCUACCUGAAGAUGCGCGCCGUCUUCCCCGAAGGUUUAGGAGACGCGUGGGGACAGCCAAGCCGCGCCGGGCCCCUGGACAGCGUCGCCAAGGAGCUGGGAUCGCACUUGCUGCAGACUUUGGAUGGAUUUGUUUUUGUGGUAGCAUCUGAUGGCAAAAUCAUGUAUAUAUCCGAGACUGCUUCUGUCCAUUUAGGCUUGUCCCAGGUGGAGCUCACGGGCAACAGUAUUUAUGAAUACAUCCAUCCUUCUGACCACGACGAGAUGACCGCUGUCCUCACGGCCCACCAGCCGCUGCACCACCACCUGCUCCAAGAGUAUGAGAUAGAGAGGUCGUUCUUUCUUCGAAUGAAGUGUGUCUUGGCGAAAAGGAACGCGGGCCUGACCUGCAGUGGAUACAAGGUCAUUCACUGCAGUGGCUACUUGAAGAUCAGGCAGUAUAUGCUGGACAUGUCCCUGUACGACUCCUGCUACCAGAUUGUGGGGCUGGUGGCCGUGGGCCAGUCGCUGCCGCCCAGUGCCAUCACUGAGAUCAAGCUGUAUAGUAACAUGUUCAUGUUCAGGGCCAGCCUCGACCUGAAGCUGAUAUUCCUGGAUUCCAGGGUGACCGAGGUGACGGGGUACGAGCCGCAGGACCUGAUCGAGAAGACCCUAUACCAUCACGUGCAUGGCUGCGACGUGUUCCACCUCCGCUACGCACACCACCUCCUGUUGGUGAAGGGCCAGGUCACCACCAAGUACUACCGGCUGCUGUCCAAGCGGGGCGGCUGGGUGUGGGUGCAGAGCUACGCCACCGUGGUGCACAACAGCCGCUCGUCCCGGCCCCACUGCAUCGUGAGUGUCAAUUAUGUUCUCACGGAGAUUGAGUACAAGGAACUUCAGCUGUCCCUGGAGCAGGUGUCCACUGCCAAGUCCCAGGACUCCUGGAGGACCGCCUUGUCUACCUCACAAGAAACUAGGAAAUUAGUGAAACCCAAAAAUACCAAGAUGAAGACAAAGCUGAGAACAAACCCUUACCCCCCACAGCAAUACAGCUCGUUCCAAAUGGACAAACUGGAAUGCGGCCAGCUCGGAAACUGGAGAGCCAGUCCCCCUGCAAGCGCUCCCGUUCCUCCAGAACCGCAGCUCCACUCAGAAAGUAGUGACCUUCUGUACACACCAUCCUACAGCCUGCCCUUCUCCUACCAUUACGGACACUUUCCUCUGGACUCUCACGUCUUCAGCAGCAAAAAGCCAAUGUUGCCGGCCAAGUUUGGGCAGCCCCAAGGAUCCCCUUGUGAGGUGGCACACUUUUUCCUGAGCACACUGCCAGCUAGUGGUGAAUGCCAGUGGCAUUAUGCCAACCCCCUAGUGCCUAGCAGCUCGUCUCCAGCUAAACAUCCUCCAGAGCCACCGGUGAACACUGCUCGGCACAGCCUAGUGCCAAGCUACGAAGCGCCCGCCGCCGCCGUGCGCAGGUUCGGCGAGGACACCGCGCCCCCGAGCUUCCCGAGCUGCGGCCACUACCGCGAGGAGCCCGCGCUGGGCCCGGCCAAGGCCGUCCGCCAGGCCGCCCGGGACGGGGCACGGCUGGCGCUGGCCCGCGCGGCGCCCGAGUGCUGCGCGCCCCCGGCCCCCGAGCCCCCGGGCGCGCCGGCGCAGCUGCCCUUCGUGCUGCUCAACUACCACCGCGUGCUGACCCGGCGGGGACCGCUGGGGGGCGCCGCACCCGCCGCCUCCGGCUUGGCCUGCGCUCCCGGCGGCCCCGAGGCGGCGACCGGCGCGCUGCGGCCCCGGCACCCGAGCCCAGCCGCCGCCUCCCCAGCCGGCGCGCCACUGCCGCACUACCUGGGCGCCUCGGUCAUCAUCACGAACGGGAGGUGACCCGCUGGCCGCCCGCGCCAGGAGCCUGGACCCGGCCUCGGGGCUGCUGCGCCACCGAGCCCGGCAGAUGCGCACGACCUACAUUAAUUUAUGCAGAGACAGCUAUUUGAAUUGGACCCCUCCGCGGACUUGCGGAUUUCCACCGCGGAGGCCGCGCGCGCCGGUGCCGAAGGUCGAGGAGCGCCCGGGUCCGGGCAGGUGACCGCCCGCCUCUGUCCUGCGAGGGCCGGUGCGACCCAGUUGCUGGUGGCUUGGUUUCCUCACCUUGAAAUCGGGCUUCACGCAUCUUGCCUUGUCCCCAGCGUUCCACGAUAGUCCCGCUGGGGGAUUUAAGCGAUUUCACUCCGCAAAUAUCCUCCACUUUCAGGAGGGAAAACCCACCCUGCCACAGUCCGCUUUUCCAAGUGGAUGGCAGCCCUGGAAGGGGACGCCUGUGUCCCGAGCCCUUUUAGAUCCUUAGGUGAAGGCAGAAGUGACGAUUGUAAGUUCCCAUGAAUACACAACUCCACUGUCUUUAAGUCGUUGAAGAGUCUCAUUAUUUUUGUUUUUAUUUAACCCUUUCUUCAAAAACCAACAAGCCAAGACUAAGGGGGUGACCAUGCAAUUCCAUUUUGUGUGUCUGUGAACAUGGGUGUGCUUCACAAAUCCAUUAACAAGCUCUUACUUCCCCCUAACCCCUAUGAACUCUUGAUAACACCAAGAGUAGCACCUUCAGAAUAUAUUGAAUAGGCAUUAAAUGCAAAAAUAUAUAUGUAGCCAGAGAGUUUAUGAGAAUGACCCUGUCAAGCUUAAUUAUUACGUGGCAAAAUCCCUCUGGUCCACACAGCUCUGUAAUUCACUAGGCUCGUGUUUGCUACAAAUAGUGCUAAUAAAGUUAAAUUGCAUGUGCAAUACCAAACACUGUCAAUGGACUGCACCGUGUGGAGGAAAAACAUGCUUAAGGGGAUGUAAUGAAAAUGAUGUAGACAUUUUAAGCAUUUUCUACACAUCAAGAAAACGUCAUAAGAACAUGUUACGUGUGCAACAGGUAAACAGAAAUCCUUUUGUAAAGCACCAGCAGUGUUUAAAAAAUGAGCUUCUAUUAAUUUUUAUUUUUUAUGGGUUUUGCUUAAAGAUCUCAACAUUGAAAAAUACUGCCAUGGCUCUGAACUGCACCAAUGCAUGGAACCACCGUCUUUCAAUUUUCUUCAUCCUUUCAACAUUGCAUCAUUUUGCUGCUUUAUCAAAAUGGUUUAUAUUAGGAAACUUUCCACCUUUCUGAACGGAAAGAGGUUUUCCCAAAUGUUUUAAACUCAUUGUUCUAGAAUCAAGUGCACCUACACCAGCUGCUCUCAAAAUGUGAACUUUUUUUUUUUUUUUUUUUUUGCCAACCCUGUGUCACUUAGUGAGGACCUGAUAUAAUCCCUACAGGGUGUCUUUGUCAGUGGGCCUCAUGGUAAGAGUCACAAUUUGCAAAUUUAGGACUGUGGGUCAUGCAGUGAAGGGGCUGGAUGGUAGGAAGGGAGGUGCCCGCCUCUCCACGCACUCAGCUAUACCUCAUUCACUGCUCCUUGUGAGUGUGUGCACGGGAAAUAAGCCGAGGGUAUUUUUUUUUUUUUUAAUGUUCAUGAGUCUUGUAAUUAAACCAUGAUUCUUGAAAGGUGUAGGUUUGAUUACUAGGAGAUACCACCGACAUUUUUCAAUAAAGUACCGCAAAAUGCUUUUGUGUCUAUCUUGUUAUUAACUUUUGGGGCUGUAUUUAGUAAAAAUAAAUCUAAGCUAUCAGAGCAGUUCAAUAACAAAGGUUACUGUUGAGGAAAAAGACCCUACUAUAGAUUGACAAGUGACAACGUGGAGAGGCGUAACAGUGUGUAUGUACUUGAAAAAGAAAAUGUGUACUAGUGACAACGUCCUUGUCUAAACAAGCUUCACCGUUUUCAUAACCUAGAACAUGAAGGAAGAUUCUUACACGAGCUGGCUUCAGGACGGCCAGGGCUGAGUGCAAAGUUAGCAGAGCUGUUACUAUGGCAACCUAAUAUUGUUACCUCCAUCUUGAAGAGUCUGCACAUUUAAGCUGGGGAUCGCGUUUCUUGACUUCUGUGAGGCUCUGGUGGGGGACGAGGAAGCAUUUUAAUACAUAUGCCUCUCUUUUACA